AUGACGACUUCGGUGCCUGUUAUACGUUGCAAAGGCAAUCAGUUGUGGCAAGAUACAGUUUUAGGAUGUAUUGUUGGAAUUUUUUUUAUCGGUACGAGUGUUGCCGGUGUUGUUGAUAACACGCAAUAUAUCACAUCAAGAAUAAUAAAUUAUCGUAACACAAGUUACAAUCCAUGUGAAAAUAUCUACGCAUUCGCAUGUGGCAAUUACUUAAAAGCAAAUGUAACUCCGCCGAUAAUAUUACAGCCAUCUCUAGUCGCCAAUGACAUUACCGACUUGAUUCAAAAUGGCGGCAGUCAUAGAGAGUUAAAGCCUUUCAAAUUAAUAGAGGAUUUGUACAAAACAUGCAUGGACGACAAUGCCGUGGGACAGGAAGUUUUGGCGCUACUGGACCGUAUUCUCAAAAAAUUGGGCAACUGGCCGGUGUUUGAAGACGGUCGUUGGAAAGAAUCCGACUUUGACUGGAUUGAUUUCACAAUAGGGUCCAAGAAACUGGGGCUGGAUAUCAACUAUUUCCUGGACUUGAAACCUUGGCGAGUGAUGGAGUUCAAUAAGACUGUCAUUGCGCCAGCAGAGUUCAAAGACUCUUCAGAUCCUUUGGUAGCAGCUUAUGCGAAGUAUAUCCAAAGCGUGUUUGCCUUGCUGAAAAACAAGAAAAACUCAUCGAGGGAAAUCAGUGAGAUAAUUGAAUUCGAGCGUCAAGUAUCAAAGAUAAACCUCUACAACUCUAAGGAUAUCUACACAGAAAAGCUGACCCUUGAAGACCUAGUCAAAAAAUGGCCGACGAUAAACUGGAAUGAGCUGAUCAGCAAUAUAAUCCUUCGAAACCUGAAAGCUCCCGUUAAAAUCACCGAAAUUUUUCUUUGGUCCAGUCAAGCGGUCUCUGACUUUGUCGACCUAGUGCUGAAAACUCCCAACCACGUGAAAGCGAACUACGCUGUGUGGAAGAUAAUCCAGAAGACGAUUCCCCAUCUGACUGAAAAGUAUCGCGUGCUCCACCGGGAGUAUUGCUUAGUUCAAAAAUGCGAGAACACGACUCGCGCGCACUCUUGCGUAGGCGUCCUCAAACGACAUCUUGCUCCCGCUGUGAACUUGCUGUACGCCAAGAGUCACCAUAACAGUGACAGUGAAGCGCUUGUGACGGAUAUUAUCAGGAAUAUGAAAGAUGAACUCGUGAGGAUGAUCAACGAGUCCUGGAUGUCGCAAGAAGCCAAGCAGAAGAAUGUUGAGAUUGUUAGGAACAAAGAGUUUGUCAUUGGAUUCAAGGGCAAGGAUGAUGACUGGGUGAAGUUUUAUGAAAAUUUGGAAAUUGAUACUUCUAAUUACUUGCAAGCUUUGUUAGACUUGGAGCUCUUUGCUAUUGAGAACAGGUUCAAUGAGACGGAUUUUGAUGGUGAAGCCAAGAAAUUGUUUGAAGAAUUCCUAGUAAGCAGCUUGUACGGGAAGAUAUACAUACCAUGGUCAAGCUUAAGAAAGCCAUUUUUCGACGUAAGCUACCCAUUGUACGUGAAUUACGCUUCCAUUGGGUCCUACAUCGCCUACGAACUUAUCAAAAGCGUCGAUAAUUUAGAAGACUUCACUAAAGACGUUGAAAAUGAAAAAGCCGCGUGUUUCCGCAACCAAUGGUCUAUUAUUGACAAUUUUAACCUCAACGAUCAUACUUCUGCACCGAAAAUUCGGAUGGCUCUAAACGCGCAAAUCGUCGCGCAGAUGGGCAUGAAGAUAGCAUACCUAACUUACCGACGAGUCGCCCAGAGCCCGAAAGAGGAGGUGCCAUUUCAGCUGACUUACACGAACCACCAACUGUUCUGGAUAAACUUGGCUCAGAAUUUCUGUCAGGAAGACCCACAACACGAACCAAAAACAAUCGACCACAAGUACACAAGCUUCGAGUAUUUUUUUUCAAAAGCUGUAACGAGUGCUCCGGAAAUUUACGACGACUUCAAUUGUUCGGAUAAAUCGUUCGCUAAAAAUUACGGAACUUCUUGCAGUUAUUUGUGA